AAACGACGCUCUCAUCCCGUCUCUAACUUUUCUCUCUCUCUCUCUCUCUCUCUCUCUCUCAUUCUAAAGUCUUCCUAUGGCACCAAAGGCGGAGAAGAAGCCGGCCGAGAAGAAGCCGGCGUCGGAAAAACCAGCAGAGGAGAAGAAGGCCGCAGCAGAGAAAACUCCGGCGGAGAAGAAGCCGAAAGCAGGGAAGAAGCUAUCGAAGGAGGGUGCCUCUGGCGAUAAGAAGAAGAAGAGGACGAAGAAAAGCGUGGAAACCUACAAGAUCUACAUCUUCAAGGUUCUGAAGCAGGUUCACCCGGACAUAGGGAUCUCUAGCAAGGCUAUGGGAAUCAUGAACAGUUUCAUCAACGAUAUCUUCGAGAAGUUGGCUCAGGAAGCGGCGCGACUCGCCAGAUACAACAAGAAGCCGACCAUCACGUCCAGGGAGAUCCAGACAGCAGUGAGGCUUGUGCUUCCCGGAGAGUUGGCGAAGCACGCAGUUUCUGAGGGCACUAAGGCUGUUACCAAAUUUACAAGCUCUUGAAUUUGGGGACCACAAGUGGUGGUAAUUUGGGAUGCGCUGAAUUGGGGCUGAAAGGGGUAGUUUUUAUUCUGAUGUUCAUGUGGUUAUGCUUUGUUUUCUUGCUUUUUGUAUUAGGUAACUGUGCUGUAAGAUACUGAUGUUGAUUCAGGAAUGAUUAGAAAUGAAAAUGCUUUUAUGUAAUA